AUGGCGCUCCGGGACCGAUGCGCUAUGGCCGAGGAUGCAGGGCGCGCCUGCGGGGGAUCGGCCGAGCUCCUCGACAGGAUCAGCGAUGCCACGGAGGCGACGCUGCGGAAGGUGGAGAAGGCUUCGCCCGAGUCGCAGGAGGCCCGUGGACGAUCCGAAGAGGCGACGAAUUUGCUGCGUCUCGGAGCUCGGCUCCUCGCAGAGAGUUUGGCCCGAACCGCGGCCGUGGGACGGCGCACCGCCGACGAGGCGAUCUCCGCCGCGCUGAAGGCCUUGGACCUCCACCGCGGAAUGAUCAUGCUGGACAUCGAAGCCAGGAAGGAGCGCGAGCGCCUCUCCCGACGCCAGCGCUUCGACGACGACGACGGCCCCGUUGCCGCUGGAGCGCCGAGCUCAGGGACCUAA